UCCAUUCCCAAAACCCCCCCCCCCCUUUUCUCUCUAGACAAUAGUUGUAGAUAUGGAGAUGAAACAAGCGAUGAAGAUUGGGGGUACAGUUGGAUCCUCUUUUUCAUUUCUUGAUCAAGUUCAUCAAGGUGGUUACUUGCAGAGUGUGUUUGAUAUGUGUGAAGGAGGAGAGAAAGGGGGCUCAUUAGGGUUUAUGGAGCUUUUGGGUAUGCAAGACAUUGAACCUUCUUCUUUGUUUGAUAUGAUUCAAGUGCCUUGUAUUCCACAGGAAGCUCUCUCUCCUCCUCCUCCCCUUCCAAAUCCAACUACUGUUGCAGCAAAGAUGGAGUAUUAUUCCUCAUCAGAAAUCUUGAAUCCUCCUGCAACACCCAACUCUUCAUCGAUCUCAUCGGCAUCAAGUGAGGCCUUGAACGAGGAACAAACUAAGCCUGCAGUUGAUGAGGAAGAUGGGCAACAAAAGACCAAGAAACAGUUGAAGGCAAAGAAGGCUAAUCAGAAGAGACAGAGAGAACCCAGAUUCGCAUUCAUGACUAAGAGCGAGGUUGAUCAUCUAGAAGAUGGCUACAGAUGGAGAAAGUACGGCCAAAAAGCUGUUAAAAACAGCUCCUUUCCCAGGAGUUACUAUCGUUGCACCACUGCCUCCUGCAAUGUGAAGAAGAGAGUGGAGAGAGCAUUCAAUGACCCAACCAUUGUUGUAACCACCUAUGAAGGACAACACACUCAUCCAAGUCCAGUCAUGUCUCGUCCAAAUCUUGUCACAAAUACACCGGACUCGGUCAUAGCCGCCACUACUACUAACUUUUCUAUGCCAAUGCAGAGUGCUCAACAACCCUAUGUGAAUGGCUUGUCUAGUACUAAUCCUUUGAGUUUUGGUUCAACAAGUGCGGCUGGGUUUCUUCAAGAGAGACGCUUUUGCACCCAAGGGGCUUCUCUGCUGCUAAAAGAUUAUGGACUUCUUCAAGACAUUGUUCCAUCUCAUAUGUUGAAGGAAGAGUAGAUGAGAGUAGAUGAGAGAUUAGAGAACAGGACCAAUAUCACUGACUUUGUCAAUGGUUGUGUAAAUGAGAACCCACCCAUCGUUGUAAUCUAGUAAUUUCUUUGCUGACAGGUUAAUUAUUAUUUCUUUUUCUUUGUUUCUUUUUCACUUUUACUAGUUUAAAAAUUAGAAGAGGCUGAGGUAAGCCCUUUAUGAUAUAUACAAAUCCUUAUGGAAAAUCACUGUAGUAAUGGGCUUUUGAUUUUGAUUCAACGUAGAAGGACUCGUUACCGAGUCUGCUUUUC